CACCACCGCUCCCCAUCCGGGCAGACACCCACACACGCUGGCACACACAGAGGCAGGCGCGCACACAAACACACACACACGCGAAACCACGGGCACACACGGGAGAGGCGCGUGCGUCGUGCAUCAUCACGCGUGGCUGCUCGCGCCGUGUGAGCCGUGGUCUCAAGACACUUCCACACAGUCGCGAGUGUUCGCGUGCAGCAAUCAGCGGCAAGCAGCGGCAGCAGCAGCAGCAGCCGAAGUGCCGGAGCUGGGGCAGCUCGCGGAGAAGUGGCAGAGAUCGUGAAGCAAAGGCAGCAACCACGCCGCCAGAGCAGAAGACCAUGGGUUCUGUUGACAACAACGCGACAGACACGCGCUUGGAUUACUACAUGUCCUACAUACACUGCUACAGCGCGGGAGUCGACUCUUUGCACGAGACGCCAACCAAGACGCACAGCGUGACCCUGGGGGAUGAGCGCGAUGUCGAUGAUGAUGAUGAUGAGUCAGAGAGCUUGCAGGAGAACACGGAGGCAGCUUGCUUCUGGCCCGAGACGCGCAGGGCCCCCCAGUCGCCGCCGCACGUCCGCUCCUCGGCUCCGUGGAGCCCCCCCUUCCCCGCCGCUCCGACGCUGCUCAGCACCUCGGCGUUCCCCUUCCCGGGCCGAGCGGCCGAGGGUGCCCGGCGCUGCUCCGCCGCCACCGCGCUGCGGGCGCUGCCGGCGGGGACGACGCGACCGCCACCGCCAUCGGCCCCCACGCCGGCGCUCGGGCAACUCCUUCGCUCCGUCUCCAACUCGGACUUCAGGAACGGCAACUUGGUGCGCCGGGCAGGGGCGGCCGGGGCGGGCGGCGGUGGCGGCGAGGCGUACGGCGUGACCCUCCGGAAGCCGCGGUCGCUCUCCGCCGACUACCGAUACAGCCGGCUCAGCCUUCCCAGCAGCGUGCUCGUCUCCAGCAGAGAGGCCAUUCUGGAAGAGCACAUGGAGAGGAGGAGAAUGUUGCAGCAAGAGAUCUACUACAGAGAGCAAGCGAGAAGCAUCCUCUCUCUGAACAAGAGUGGCAGCAGCGAGUGCUGCGCGGGGGAGCAUUGGCGGUGCCGCGUGUCGCCCGCGCUGGAUCAGGGUGCCAGCUGGGCCGGUGGCAGCCGGGACAGCGCCGCGGAUUUCCCGCACGUGCAGCGGAGCAAGCGGCUCCUGCCGGCGACUCCCACCGGGAGGAUGCCCUCUCUGACCGGCGAGUGUCUGCGUGGGGACAUGAGCCCUGACUGGAACCAGCCCCUGGCUGCCGUUCAGCGGACGGCUUUCCCUUUCCGCCUGCCGCCACUCAACACUCAGAAUCCGGGAGUGCCGCUGCGCGACCACGCCGGAACGACCUCCACCGCCACCGCCGCCGCCAGAGGUCACGGCUGGAGCCCCGCGCCACGCUCCUCCGCGCUCCGGGCCGCGAGGUCCUCCGUCCCGUCGGGCGAGGCCCCUGCCCGGACGCUCACGCGGAGGCCGCAGUCGUCUCCCAGCUUCCAGCUGGACGCCCUGCGGGGCCUGGUGGCGGCGGCGGCGGCGGCGGGGGGCGGUGGCGAGCGGCCGCUCUCUGUCUUCCGUCGGUCGCCCUCCGUGGGGGAGGAAGCGACAUCGCAGCGUCUCGCCCGGAGCCGGCAGCGCGAGACGCUGCGGCAGGGCAGCACCGGCAGCCUCGCGCCAGCGGCGGGCGUCUGGAAAGUGCAGCAGCAGCAUCAGCAGCAUCAGCAGCAGGGCGCGAGGGACAGCAGCAACGCCGUGGCCACUCCGGUGAACAUCCGCCGGACCGUCAACGAGAUGACGAUGGAGGAGGUGAGCGAGGCGAUGAAGGACCUCCUGAACGGGAACAUCCGAAACGUCGCCGCCAAGAUCGAGCGGCUCCAGCGGCCGCCGCGGCCGCACGACGGCUCGAGAGGCUGUGACGACGGCGAGAACCCGCCGCUGCCGCCGACGUCGCGAUACGAGGAGGACCUCUCCGGCGAAAUGAUCUACGUGGCAACCUUGUGAAGUCACCGGCGUCGCGCGCUUUCACUCCCGUUGCGCGCAAAGCGCUUGCCGCAAAAUGGACCACACCGCACGUUGCUGAUUUCGUCAAGGGGCAUAAACCGUCACGCGGACUGCGGUCAUCUUCGCAGCAGCAGCGGCGUUUAGCUCACCAUCGAACAAAGACGGUCACCGCUUCUCUUCUUUCCGAUGUUAGGAAGCCACUGGAGCUAUGCAUUUUUGAAUCUAAAUUAAAAACUCAUUUCAUUAGAACUGCUUUUUGUGUUUGGUUUGUUGUCCUUCCCCUGCACCUCCGAUUAGCGCGGCUUUCUAUAUACGGCGCGAAAGAAGUUCAACAUACACACGUACUGUACCUACGAUAUCCGGCACUCGCGACGAGCCUCCGUCACCCUUUUUAAAAUGUCAUCACGCCCCAUGAAAUGUGAUAUUCUCCGAAGCUACCGUGUACGUAAAAUAUGUAUCUAUAUUCCAUUAAUACUUGCCGAAAUUGAGUAUUUAAAUGCGAUUAACAACCCAUGCCACUUUCUGCGAUUUGCGACAGCCAUUGGAUUUGGAUUGAAGCGGACUAUCUGCAGUUACCGCUCGGUUUUAAUUAUUGUCUGUUAAGUGCCUCAUUACAUCGUGAACAUAACCCACCCCCCUCCCAUCAGUGUUCUCACUUACAAACAAACAAACAAAAAAUCCCGUAGAAUAUCUAAACGUUUUAAAAUAAUAAAGCUUAAACUUACAUGUCAUCGUAAUUUCCAACAUUGGCGGUACCGCGCAAAUGGCAAUGAAGAAAACCUCCGACACAUUCGUCAGUAACACAUCCCCAAAGAGGACAAUCGAUCACGGUUUUAGAUCUCUUCGCCACGAAGAAGGGCAGUUGGCAUCACCUAAUUUUAUGGCAAGCUUCGGGGCCACUUCCUGGAGUUCUUCCAUUACUACAGUACAUUCAUGUUUACGAUGUUAUAUUUUAUUUUAGAUGCUUUCCUCUUUCGGGCAGUCCUAUUGACAACGGUGUUGAGGAGCCGUGACAACUGAUUACACCGUGGAGCUAUUCCAAAAGGGAAUUCUAAAUUAAUGCAAAUCGCAUAUCAAUUUCUAAUCAACCCUGUGGACGUUUCACAUUGCUACAGGAUCUUCAUUUUUUUAUUGAAAUCCUACUAGAUUUAUUCGAAAAAGCUGCAUUAUAUUUCAUCGGUGUUUGGUCAAUUGAAGGCAGUAACACCCCAAGCGGACCGUCACGUUUGACGUACAGUCGUUAUACGGUACUCAGCUUUGUUUAUAAUUGGAUGUUUCUUUUUUCUCUGAAUACGAACAUUCUCUGACUGACGUCUCUUUCUAAAUGUGAUGAUAGCUGUGUCGACGUGUGCGCGAAUAAACACGGGUCUUGAGAAUGUUAGUUUCGCCGUUCGGUUUGUGCCUAUGUCGAAAUAUCAUCACCUUAUGGCUCGAGUUGGCAGACCCCACCUUCUCCUGGUUGAGCAC